AUGAAGGUAGCUGGUACGAGCAAUAAAUAUACUUCUGGAAGUUACUAUGGCAAGUGUGACAUAUGUGAAGUUGUUUACGGGACCGAAACCGUCUCUAUUCAACACAUGAUAAGUAUAAAGCACCACAAACGAUAUGAAGCAGCUCAGCGCAGCCUAGGAAAUCCUAUUUCCCAUUUCUGCCCUCUUUGCGGAAUUGGUGGCAUGAAUGAUUUGAACGAAUGGAACAAUCACGUCGCAUCAGCAUUGCAUUCCGGCAACUACAGUCAUUUUAUGCAGAUCUCCAACGCCCAAAAAAUGGCACUUAAACGCCGGUUUCUUGAUCGUCAAACGCGUCAGGCAGAUUCAAAAGCACCAUCGGAGAAAGCCUCACUCUUUUGCGUUUUCAUGCGCCAUUGUCAAAUGGCCUUCAAUUUUAUAGCAAAGGCGACGUCCCUUCAAACUUCCAACGCCCAACCUGAGACUCUUCGUGUCCUAACACCGAAUGCACUUUGCAACCCGAGUGUCAUUCUAAGGAAAUCAGGAGCCCUGUUUGUGCAGCACGCCACCAUAAAACCCAUACCUCCCGGUCGGGGUCUCUUCCAAAGGAUCAUCAGCGAAAUUAUCACUCAACAACGACAGGGGGAUGCAAGUGCCCACAGCUGGACUGGUACAUCCACGCAAUACCGUUCGCCGCAUGACACCUGCCACUAUGAUUACAAUAAGGGGCGACGAAGUGAUCGUUUUCGUGGUGAGGGUUUUCGUUGUGAGAGUUUUCGUGGACCAUCUGAAUUUCCAAAAGACAAAGACAAUUCUCAAUCUGCUGGACAGCGUUCACGCUCCUCUUCGCGCAAUGUAAGGCCACCUAGUGCUAAUGAUUGUCACACCCUCCAGCCUGCUCCUAGUAUUGGAAACAGUCCAAAAAGCGCCUUUGUGCCAGUGGCCCCGGAGCGUGUACAAGAGGGAGGGGCGACACAAUUUCAAACAAUCACGCGACGAUCUCCACAACAAGAGCCUCAGUCAUCGCAGCAACAGUCGCCAACAGUCCCUCUAUCAGCGGCUGCUGCUGCCCCCCCUUUUCCACCGGCCUCGAAUUCGGCCACUUUUGCAAAAAUGCACGAAGUCUGGGAAAUUUCGGAGGCGUUAGAUAAGUUGAGGAACGAACAAGCCACUAUCAGUCUCUACAUUCGUCAACUGAAACAGAUCCGCCAAGAAAGGAGAGCAGAAAAGAAGAUCUUAAUUCAGCGUCGUUCCGUUCUUCUUCGAGGUACGAUGCCUUUAUUAGUGGUUGCUAAAUUCUUCAAUUAUAUGUGA